AAUUAUUUUAGCUGGAAUUACUUUCAGUUCAUCACUUCUUCGCUUCAGUGAAGGCUUCAACUGUAUUGUGAGACUCAAUCAUGGGUGGCUUAACCCCUUUUUCUCGUAGUCAAUAUGAGACAAUUUCAAGAAGUCCCAUUGACGAUAGCUUAUUAUUGAAUAGGCUAGGACAAAGAAGAAGUUACACUGAACAAUUACAUAGAUUCAAUUCAGAUCACUCAGAAUCAAUUUAUGAUAAUUGGGACACUACGCGUGACUAUUACAAAUCGGAGCCAAAAACAAUAAAGCUUGAAAGGAGAAACAGCGCUAUGGAAAAUUCUAGUUCUGAAUCUAAUAAACGUUUUAAUUCUAACAAAAUACUGCUUGAGUUACGCCCAGACUACAAGAAUGGAAGCAGAAUGGACCGCGCUUCAGUUGGAAACUGCGGUACUAAUGGCCGGUCAAGUUACCAACCGAGGAAAAAGGGUAUACCACCACUGCUUCACAGCUACUCCGAUGAGGGUAACGGCUGCUUAAGUGAUUAUGAAAACAGCAGUCGACAAAAUAUAAAUGGAUUUGUACGUGCAAGGCCCAACCCAAUGGAUAAGCAAACGCAAACCCACGGGCACUCGCACGUCCCGUCAAAAACGAUGCUGAAAUUCCUUGAUCGCAGCUCUCGCAACAGUUCCAGUGAAGUACCACCCAAGGAAAACUCGCAAGAAGAACAAAUCCAAAACGAACGUCCUGCCUAUGCCAGGCGUUUUAUGUUGAAUCACGAUAGCAGUGCUCCUCUACUCUGUCGACCAUCCUAUGACGAAGGAUUAACUCCUGUUUUCCCCGCAGACGAUAAACUGAAGGAAAUACCACGCUUCGUACUGCCACCGUUACCCCUUGGACUUCGCCCUCCGAGCCCUGAACCUCGCAAUUUGCUUCUGAACGCUCCCAAGAAACGGCGCCUUGCCUCUCCUUCUCGUAGCCUUAGCGCUUUCGACUUUUCAAGUUUGGACCGCCUGCUCGAACCUUACCAGCCGAAAAGUCGUACACAAAAACAUCCCGUCUGCCGUGUACUGAAAUAUGGCGAGUGAUCAAAGCCUCUGUAAAUGCAUCUGCGUGAACCUACAGGUUAUCCACGGAUUUUUAUCCAUGGAUUAUCGGUUCUAUAGAGAGUAUAUCUUUAUGCGGAGCUCUGCUCUGUUAAUCUGAACCAUGCACCCACACUCGUGUGAUCGCGUGUACAUCUAGUUUUGUUCCUCGUUUUUUUUUGCAAACCUGUGAAAAUCGUUGCACAUUUUAGCGUUUAAUCAAUGUUUCACCUAUUUAUUAAUAUAAUACUUGUAAAUAAUAAAUUUUUAUGGU